AGUAAUGUAGUAGUGUAUAAUUAGUCACUAUACACAGCUCGAGUCACUUUCAUCUCUUAUGUAACUUCAAUCGCGUAGUUCUCACUCUCUUUCAAUCGUUUUAUAUAGUGUGCAGGCAUAUAGUCAAUACAGGUUACGACGUUGCCAUGUGAACAGUACAAAAAUUAAGUCCAAUGUCUAAAGUCUCAUUGACCGUAGCAAGUGAUUAAAAGUGAAAAUUUAUUUAUUAUCAGCGACUGAGUGAGUGUGAAAAACGAUGGCCUCGUUCGAAGAUAAAUCCGACAUAUGUUCCAGUGGUGUUGGCGAAAGCCAGAUCGAACCCAAAAUACGUUUGGAACAAUUAAAUUAUUUACGACAAAGUGUCAAUUGGAAGUUCGCAGCUAAUCGACUAAAAUAUUACGAUAAUUUUUAUAACAUAGUCUCUAAUUGGAAAGGCCCGCAUCCAAAUCUUCAAGAGAUUAUCAAGCCCAAAAACAUCGACAAACUUCUCUCGGAUCUCAUAAAGAACAAAAAGAUAGACGCAUCGAAAAUAAAACGAAUUAUCGAGUUCGUGGCACGCUGCGGCUACAAAGACGAGCCCAAAGUCGAUAAAGACGGCAAGCCUGCGUUGCGUCGCACUACAGCAGUGCAUCACGCGGCCGUAUCGAAGCACCUCAAGGUAUCCGAGCGUAAGGCUAUACUGCGCGAGCUUUUUGAAAUUUACAACCGAUUCGACGCGAAUUACACCGACGUCAAGUCCGAGGUUACCCAUUUCCAUAUAGCGUGCAAAUUCGGAUGCAACAAAGUCAUCAAGCGAUUUUUAGAACUCGGCCAGGAUCCCGAUCUCGUCGCGAAAAAUCAAUCGGUCGAUCCGCCGCUGCUCCUAGCUACAAAACGCGCCAAAGCCACGGUAAUCAAGUUGCUGCUCAAACACGGAGCCAAUCCGAACUUGACCGACAAAUACGGAUCGACUCCUUUGCACAUUAUUAGUUGGAAAUACGGCGAUGCUGACUUGGCGAAGACGUUCUUCGAUAUCAACGACGACGUCGAACGGACGUUGGAUAUAAAUGCCCGAGACAAGUUCGGUAACACACCGUUGCAGGUGGCUCUGGCCAAUGACCACUGGAAGUUGGCCGAAUCGUUGUUGAGCAGAGGCGGCGACCUAAACCUAAAUUUUUGCGACGAGAUGGGACGGACACCUUUGCACAAUAUUUGCAUGAGAAACGAUCGCUUGGCGAAGUGGCUACUCGGGCUGAGCGGCGAUUUACGCCAGCCGGUGCAAGUCAAUAUCAAUGCUCAGGACAAGACGGGCAACACACCGUUGCAUUAUGCUCUGGAAAACAAUUUGAGUGACACAGCCGAAUGGCUGCUGAGUAAAGGCGCCGAUGUCAACUUGGCCAACGAGGAGGGAUCGACUCCCCUGCAUAAUGUUUGCAAAGGAGAAAGAGUUUCUUUCUUGAAGUCGUUCUUAAAGAACGCCGAGGAAGUCAAUCAGUCGGUGCGGCUCGAUGCCCGAGACAAGUUGGGCAACGCGCCACUGCACUUGGCUCUGCGAUUUAACAAGGACCCGGAGGUGCCUGAAUUGUUGCUGAAAAAAGGCGCCGAUGCCAAUUUGGCCAACGAGGAGGGAUCGACUCCUCUGCAUAUUAUCUGCAAAAGAGAAAGAGUUUCUUUCUUGAAGUCGUUCUUAAAAAACGCCGAGGAAGUCAAUCAGUCGGUGCGGCUCGAUGCCCGAGACAAGUUCGGCAACGCGCCACUGCACUUGGCUCUGCAAUUCAACGCCGACCCGGAGGUGCCUGAAUUCCUGCUGAAAAAAGGAGCCGAUGUCAACUUGGCCAACGAGGAAGGAUCGACUCCUCUGCACAUUAUCUGCGAAAAAGAAAGCGUUUCUCGCUUGAAGUUAUUCUUAAAAAACGCCGAGGAAGUCAAUCAGUCGGUGCAGAUCGAUGCUUGGAACAAUGAGGGCAACACACCACUACAUUUGGCUAUAAAAUGCAACACCGACAAGAAAGUGUCCGAAUUGUUGCUUCAAACAGGCGCCGAUCCCAAUUCGGCCAACGAGAAGGGAUUGACUCCUUUGCACAUUAUUUGCAAAUGGAAAGGAGCUAACUUAUUGACGAUGUUCUUCAAUAUCAACAAAAAACUCGAUCGGACGGUGCAGGUCGAUGCACAGGACAACGAGGGUAACACGCCACUACACUCGGUUACUUUAUCCGGAAACGAGAAGAAAAUCGAAUUCUUGCUGAGAAAGGGCGCCAAUCCUAAUUUGGCCAAUGAGGACGGAACGACUCCUCUGCAUAUUAUUUGCAACAGACGCGUAUUCGAUGACGACUUGGCGGGGCUGUUCUUCGAGGUCAACGACAAAUUGAAUCAGCCGGUGCGAGUCGACGUCAAAGAUAAGAAGGGCCUGACACCGCUGCAACGGGCUGUGAUGAAUUUUCGAACGGAUACCGUCGAUCUUCUCCUGGAUCGUGGAGCUGAUCUGGCUAGCUUCGUUUUUCCCGCCGAGAGUCACUUCGAAGAGAUUUAUGACACGUUGGAGGGUUCAUUGAGCUAUGAUGGAAUGAUAUUGUUAGCAUCUGGGGCUCUGGCCACCGUCGAACGUCUCGAGAGAGGAGGGUAUGAAUUGGAUCGAUGCGACGCCCUGACCAUCAUGAGAGCGUUCGCCGAAUGCAGAUUGUUCGAAAAAUCGUCGGAUCUCGAAAAACAUUGGUACGACGACGAAGAGUUCGCAGAACGAGCGAAGAAGAAGAUGGUGAAACCGAAUCUGUCUUUGUACGAUCUGGUCCGGUUGCAACCCAAACAGGCGGCGAAAUUACUCACGUAUCAAGAUUACACGGAAUUGGCGUCGGGGAAAUUGCGUUUUUGUCGCGUUGAGACUUGCGCUGUGCGUCUGUGCGAGAUAAUAUCGAGAGGAUUUUUUCGCGACUGGGCGCUGGAUUCUUUCAUGCAGUUGAUACAAUAUCGGCUGCCGGUUGAGAUCUGUGAAAUUAUCGUCGACCAGCUCGCGAACCAAGAUUUACAUAACAUUUGCUUGGCGGCUAGCAUCGAACUCCAAAAGGACAACGAAAAAAAUACAACAACAACUGUAUCGAAAUGUGCCGAAAAAAGGCUGAAAAUUGCAUAGUGAAAAUUAAGAAGGUUUUUAUUUAUCCUCGCACGA